AUACAAAUUGAAAAUGCGUUAUCGCGCCAGAUGGAUUUGCUCCUUAUUUUUCGUGUAUACCAUGUUGGUCCUUAACGCGCGAUCGCAGAACACGGGGACAUUUUGGCACAUCAGUGACCAUCAUUUGGAUCCGUAUUAUACAGAAAAUGGACAAACUCCAAUGGAAGUGUGUCCUUCAUCGUAUGGACGUCAGACCGACGCCGGUCCCCUAGGUGACUAUGUAUGUGAUUCACCAUGGAAACUGAUCAAUUCUUCGGCUUACGCAAUGAAAAAGAUUGAACCAAAUCCAGACUUCAUAAUAUGGACGGGAGAUGAUUCUUUGCAUACCGCAGACCAAGAUAAAUAUCUAGGAGUUGACAAAGUUAUUGAGAUUGUCGGUAAUAUCACGGCAUUGCUGCGAGAAGUUUUUCCAGAUACUAAAUUUUAUCCUGCUCUUGGAAACCAUGAUUACCAUCCAAAAAGUCAAAUUCCGCCUGGGGGAAGUGCUAUGUUGACUGCUUUCGCAAAUAUAUGGCAAGACUGGCUUACAGCAGACGCCUACGAAUCCUUUAAACGCGAGGGCUAUUACAAAGAAAACUUGGACCCAAAUGGGAAGCACGUUUUAAUAGCGUUGAAUAGCAAUUUCUGGUACGAUAGUAACAAAGUGGUGGAUGGAACGGGUGACCCAGGCGGUGAAUUUGCUUGGUUGGAGGAAUCUUUGAAGAGUGCGAGCCAAAACUCGCAGAAGGUAUUCAUCAUUGGGCACGUUCCGCCAGGAUAUUUCGAACUUGCCGCAAACUCUCCCAAGCGAUGGUUUUAUCCGGAAUAUAACAAACGUUUUAUCAGUAUUAUACAAACAUAUGCUGAUGUGAUUUCAGGACAGUUCUUCGGACAUCACCACAGUGAUACUUUCAAGAUCUUCAAGGAUGGCAGUGGCAAUACGAUAGCUUCGAUGUUGUUAACUCCCGCUGUGACUCCAUGGCGGACGACUUUACCGGGAGUAAAUAAGGGAUCAAACAAUCCGGCUAUUCGCCUUUUCGAGUACAACAAAGACACACUGUUUUUAAAGGAUUUCCAACAAUAUUAUCUUAAUCUCGAAGAAGCAAACACCGAAACCUCCGCAGAUGAAGACUCUUGGAAGUUGGAGUAUAGAGCUACAGAGAGCUAUAAUAUUCCUGAUGUAUCUACUACUUCGUGGGGAACACUGGCGAAGAAAAUGAGAGAUAAAUGUGAAGCAGAUUCUAGCGAUUGCCCAAAAGAAUUUACGUUAUACCAGCUACACAAUUCUGCUUCCUAUAAUACGGAUCCAUGUAACGAGACAUGUCAACGUUUCCAGUUAUGUGCUAUCACGGAGCAAGAUAUAGAGCAGUAUGAAUUAUGUCAAGAAAAGUGGGGAUCUGCUGGAUUCAAUCCCGUCGUUUCCGUUUACGCCUUGGCAAUUGGAAUUCUCUUUUACUUUUUAAUUGUAUGAUUGUUUGUUUCAAGUUUGACAGUAUAAAAAAUUAAAUCACGUGGAAGAAGCUAUGGUUUUUAAUCAGUAUUGUGAUCAUAUUUGAACUUAAUUUAGCUUAAUGAUUUGAACUUAAUGAAGCUAAAUGAAAUUUGCAAUGAAUGUCUUUCAGCAAAUUUCGAUAGACUUUUAAUAGACAUUUAGACUGUAGGUAAGCUUUUAUUUAUUACAAUUUUUCAAGUAUGUCGAAACGGAAGUCUAAAUAAAAUUUGCCGUCCAUUUUUUUUCUUUCUGUCUACUACGUAUCUAUUUGAUAUUGUAUGCUGCACAAUGUAGUGCUAAUAAGCAAUCUCAAUAAUCAUCUUUGUAUUGAUUUUUUCAGCAUGUUUUCCGUAUGAUUUUCAUUAAAAUUUUGGGCCACAUACAAUGGUUCUCAUUGGAACUGUUAGCCCUCGCUUUGCUGAUUUUUAUCCGCUUGCUCAAGGGAUUUGUAUAAUCUUGUACCAUUAUACUAUAUUCUUGUGUUCUUCAUAUAUGG